AGCAUGGAGACAAAUCAUUCUGAACAGCUCUCAGCAGAACCACAGGCAGCCCCCACAGGAGACAGUUCUUCACUACCCAGCCCAAAUGACCUCGAGAAGCACACCAGUCAGGACACACUGGGAAGGGAGGCAAGCAGGCCCCCCGACAUCUCUGAAGAGUUGAAUCGACAGCUGGAAGACAUCAUCAGCACCUACGGCUCUGCCACUGGCACAGUAGGGGAAGCGGGCCCUGCCAAGGCCGAGGAGCAGCCGGAGAGUGCAGACCCGCCUGACCACGAGGAUGUGGACUGUGAAGAAACCAAUGAGGAGGCCGAAAAAGAACCCUCUGCUUCUGGAGAGUCAUCCACAGUCAGAGAGCCUGUCAGCAACAGAGAGCAAAAAUUGGAAAAGAAAAUCCUGAAAGGAUUAGGUAAAGAAGCCAGUCUGCUGAUGCAAAAUCUGAACAAGUUGGAAACACCUGAAGAAAAGCUUGAUUUUUUAUUCAAGAAGUAUGCUGAACUGCUGGAUGAACAUCACACUGAGCAAAAGAAGCUAAAGCUCCUACAAAAGAAACAGGUACAAACCCAAAAGGAAAAGGACCAGUUACGAGGUGAACACAGCAGAGCUAUCCUCGCUCGGAGCAAACUGGAAAGUCUGUGCCGGGAGCUGCAGAGGCACAACAAGACGCUCAAGGAAGAGACGCUUCAGAGGGCACGCGAGGAAGAAGAGAAAAGGAAGGAGAUCACAAGUCACUUCCAGGGCACCCUGACGGACAUCCAGGCUCAGAUUGAGCAGCAGAGCGAGCGAAACAUGAAGCUCUGUGAGGAGAACACGGAGCUCGCAGAAAAGCUGAAAAGCAUCAUCGAUCAGUACGAGCUCCGAGAGGAGCAUCUGGACAAAAUAUUUAAACACAGAGAACUGCAGCAGAAGCUGGUGGACGCGAAGCUGGAGCAGGCGCAGGAAAUGAUGAAGGAAGCAGAGGAGCGCCACACACGGGAAAGGGAAUAUUUGCUGAACCAGGCAGCAGAGUGGAAACUUCAGGCCAAAGUGCUGAAGGAACAAGAGUCAGUUCUGCAGGCUCAGCUUACGCUCUACUCCGGAAGGUUUGAAGAAUUCCAGAGCACACUGACAAAGAGCAACGAAGUGUUUGCCACUUUCAAACAGGAAAUGGAUAAAACAACUAAGAAAAUGAAGAAGCUGGAGAAGGACACAGCCACGUGGAAAGCACGGUUUGAGAACUGUAACAAAGCUCUGCUGGACAUGAUUGAAGAGAAAGCACUGAGAGCUAAAGAAUACGAGUGCUUCGUGAUGAAAAUUGGGAGGCUAGAGAACCUCUGUCGUGCUUUACAAGAAGAGAGAAAUGAACUCUACAAAAAAAUCAGAGAGGCAAAAACGUCUGAAAAGGAUGACCAAAGUCAGCACACUUCUGAUGAAGAGCAAGAGUCCAAUGUCUCUGUAGAUAAAGAGAUUGAUCCAGAAGAGGCCAAUCGUGUGCAAAAUGCUGUGCAAAGUCUGGCCACGGCCUUCAUGGUAAUUCAUCAUCCAGAGGUAACAGCACCAGAGUCCAAAGAAACCCAACGAGAAUUGGGCAUUCCUCAAGGGAGUUGUAACACUACACUCAAGGAGCCACAGCAACCCCAUCUGGUUAAUUCAGGGGAGUCAGAGAGUCUCUUGCCUCUCCCAACUCCUCAGGCUGAAACCCCAGGAGGCGGUGAGACAGAACCUCCCUCCACGUCCAGUAAUCCCCCUGCAGGGUCAGAAGCAGAAGCCCAAGGUGAGGGUCUCCCCACUGAAGCCCAAGCUCAGCAGCAGUUCUGUAAGCCAGGGGCAGAAGCUUUAGGUCAGGCUCCUGAGUCCCCAGCCAAGUCCCCGCUACAGGGAGUGGGGCCAAGUGGCCCUGUGCCACCAUCCCCAGCAUAUGGGCAAGGGUCAACUGCGGUGCCUGGAGGUGAAUCCAGUAGGCAACCUCCUCCAGCAGCAUCCAGGGAGCUGUCUCCAGGGGCCUUGGUGGGGCCCCACCUGCUGGAGGUGACCGACACCAAUCUGGAAGGUGUGGACUAGGCCUCACCAGGCCUUCAGAGGCUGUUCUUGACUCUUGGCACCUUCCUCAUAAAAGAUUGUCUUCUGAAAGAGACAAUAAAAGGUAGCCAUGUCGAAUGGAAGAAAAUUAGGAUCGAGACAGUUUUUAAAGUUAUGCAGAGCAUAUUGAUUCACCUUUGCUAUUUGUUCUCAAUUUACAACUAAUUUGGAGCUUUUCCAUUUAACACUGGUUGACAGUAUAAUUUUCCCAAAUGGCAACAACAUGUACCAAUAGCAAAUUCAUAUUACCUUUCCAUUUAGAUGAUACUUAAUUGAACGUCUUAAUCAACAAUAAGAUUUGGUGUGUGAAGACUUCCACUACAAUAUACAAAUACUGAAAAUGUGAUGUUCUAUUUAUUUCUACAUAUAGUUUAAUAAGUUCCAUAGUAAUUUAUGGAUUUUCAGAUCGCAUUUAAACAGUAUAUGUACCUAAUAUAUGGAUAUGUGUUUACACACAUGUAAUAUACACAUAUAUAUUUUAUAUGUGUGUAUAUAAAUGUAUACAUUACACAUACAUUUCUCUCUUUUAUGGAUUUUCCUCUAUGCAAUAUAUUUAGAUGCUAAUCAAAAACUUAUCUUUUACUUGCUCUGGGGCUAUGAUAGACUCAUGCUUAACGAAUCAUAAGUAUGUUCAGAACGUAAGUAUUUAGGCUAUUUUUGAGCAAAAAUAAGUAACCUAGUAGUAAAUCAACAAAUUCAACCAACUGAUCAGACAAUAAGGCAGCUAUUGAGUUAGACUGCAAGUCUGUGCAGGCAGCAUGGACAGAAAGAUGGUCCCCAGAGACCCUAAACAGGAAAGGGAAAUGAUUGCUUCAGCUCAUUGCCUUGCAGCCUCCUCCGUGGCCAGGCAGCCCACUCUGUAAGGAAAGGAUUGGAAGUGGGAAAGGAAGCAAGGGAUUGACGGGCUGAGGGAUCUCAGCCUGGAAACGGGCUGUGCCCUGGUCUUCCAACUCUUUUGCUACAAAUGUCUCAAGACAGAAGAUUCACCUCUUGGUCUCACUGCAUAUGUUCUGGAAGCAUCUGGCUCCCUCCUUCCAAACUCCCUCCUUUGCAGGAGGAAAUUACACUCAGCCCUUAUUUCAAUUAAUGCUAAAAAAACUAUUAUUUUUCCAAAACAGAAAUUCACAGAGGGUCUCAAUAUGAGUGAUGAGGCUUAUAAACCAACACAUUCUCUGCUUAGAGGAUUUCUCUGCAGACUGGAGUACAAAGCAAAACAUUAAUGGAUCCUUACUCAAAAUGAUUUGAAAAAUAGGUGGGGAUUCAGGAGAAGGCAUAAGCUGGGAACACCUGGGGUUGUCUACAUGAGUAUUACAUUAUCAUUGCUUGAGGAGACUCUCUGAGGAGACUGACAGCAUAAAUUACUCUACCUAGGGGAAAGGAAGACUGCAAAGAUGAAAUAAGAAGGAAGACAGGGAGGGGGGGAGGAAGAAAAGAAGGGUGAAGAGAGGAAAGAAAAAAAUACCUAACCCAAUCCUACCUUAUAAGUCGAACUCAAGUAGGAAAAUAGAAGCAAGAGUCUCUACUAUGCAUCCAGGAAAUCAUUCUUCAAUGUUGCACGUGGCUGUUUGCCAAGGCACACAAAGUGCUUCUAGGCAGCAACCAUAUGCUGCAAGAACGGUAAACUGCAUACGACUUGUUUGAAGUAGACAGUGAGGGUAAUAACAAAAUCGCUAGGCAGAAAGAAAAGUCGGGGAAAAAAGCAUGUUACUAUUUCAGAAUCUGUGUAUUUUUAAAGGCUUAAAACCAUGAGGUAUCCAGCCAAAUUCAACACUACUGGAUGUCUUAGAGAUUUAAACAUUCAUUUAAUUCAGAGCUAAAGAUUCGCCCUAAAAAUCCAGGAGGGUCUCCUUCCUCGCUAUUUACAGAGGCUGAACUUCCAAGAAUGGAGUAAGAUUAGAUAAUCACAGUGAAGUCUCAGUCUGAAUGUUUAGCAAGAAAUAGGCAGAAGAGCAAAAAUCCAGGAAAUCAAAUAUUCCAGCACCCAAAGUUCAUUAUGUUGAUCCAAAAAGCUUUCGCAGCUACACAUUACUCAUUAUGGUGUCUAUCUUGGGCAGAGUUUCAGAUAGAAUAACUGGCCUAAAAUUUGUAAAGGCUUUGGGAGAAUUAUUUUAAUAUUCCCAGAAUGUUUUAAUAUAGUCAUGUUAGAAUUUGGCCUUACUAAUUUUAACAAUAACUCAUAAAGAACUAAAAACAAAAGAAGUAUCUGUUCUUUAUCAAGUUCAAGUAACUAUUUUUAAAGAUGCCAAGUCCACUUUCUAGAAACACUAGAGUCAUUGGUGUAUUAUAAAUUAUGUAUCUAUUAAAAAGGUACUUCUCUU